AUGUUAAAGGCCACCUGGACAAGCACCGGCCUUUCUCCCAACUGGACUGGUGGGAGCAGCGCAAUGUGGAAGUGGACUCCAAACUACCGCCGCCUGCUGGAGUCUACAGGCCGCUCGGAUGCCUCCAACCCCCGCUUCUUCCAUGAACCUGUGUCUUUAUUCAUCAACGGUGUUAAGUCUUCCAAACUGGAUCAGGCUCACAUCAUGGAGCUGGUCUCUCUUCCUGCCCUUCAAGCAUAUUGGUCCUCCAAGGACCGCCUCUCCGAGCAGUCCAUACGUGAGGUCGAUUGGUUAUCUCUUGCAUGCGCCACCAUGAAGGCCCUCCAAGCAAAUCUCCAACGCUGGACACCCAAACAUAUCUCCGGUAUGACAGGUGUGGGAAAAUUCUUGGCCAUUUGGAACCGUUCGGCAAAGAGCUCCUGCCCCAGAUGCUCCUCCUGCCCCGUGGAAGAUCACCUCCAUGUCCCACGCUGUUCUGCUCCUACUGCAGCUGCAGAAUGGUCAAAACGCCAUCUGGCCCCCCGGACCUGGAUGCAGAAUCAGCAGACUGCCCCAGAGAUCGAAGCCUUCCUCUUUGAAUACCUGAAGACAGUCCGUCAGCCUUCCUUGGGCGUCCCCACCGUCCGAGCCUGGUCUCGCCAUCCCCACCUCUUCCAAAGUGCCAUCUCUUCCCAAGCCACGCUUGGGGCCCAGGGCCUCCUUGAAGGCCUAGUGUCCCCCAACUGGAGACACCUCCAGGCCCUUCACUUCUCCUACAUUGGCUCCAAGAAGUCUGCCAACCUUUGGGCCUCCCGCCUGAUCCAACAACUGAUCCGGAUCGGGCACUACAUGUGGAAAGACCGCAACCGGCUUGCCCACUCUGAAGACAGCUCCUGGUACACGGCUCGCAAGCGGGAGAUUGACAUCGGCAUCCGCGAACAGUUCGCCAUGGGCCUGAUGGAUAUCCCCCCACGCUCCCAGUGUUGGGAUAUGACGAAAUAUGAGUUUUUACGUUCCAAACGAAACUAUUCAAGUACGAGGUUUUUGACACGUGAGAUCGGAAUUUGA